GGACUAAUGGCUGUCUCUGGCCUCGGCAUUGUGGAAAUGAAUGGUACAGCACUGUCGGUGACCUUACUGGCAAUUCUCUUGAUCCUCUUGGGCUGGUAUUCCACCUCCGGCUUCUCCAGGCUGGAGAAAGUGGGCAUCCGCCACCCUCCACCUUUGCCUUUCAUUGGAAACCUUUUAUAUUUUCGAGAGGGCUUUUGGGAAGAACACAGGAAACUGAUAAAUGAAUAUGGACCUGCUUGUGGGUAUUACAUGGGUCGUCGUAUGUACAUUGUGGUAUCUGAGCCAGAUAUGAUCAAGCAUAUCUUGAAGGAUGAUUUCGAAAACUUUACUAACAGAAUGACUCCAGUCUUGGCUUCUAAGCCUGUUGCAGACAGCCUUCUCAUGCUGCGUGACAAGAGGUGGAAAGAUGUCCGAAGCCUGUUGACCCCAGCCUUUGGUGCUGCAAAGACGAAAGAGAUGGUGCCGCUAAUCAACCAGGCAUGUGACAUCCUGCUGAGUAACUUAAAGGUCUAUGCAGAUUCUGGCACAGCUUUUGACAUCCAAAGGAAUUACAGUUGCUUUACCCUGGAUGUUGUUGCUAGUGUGGCUUUUGGUACCCAUGUGGACUCCCAGAAGAACCCUGAGGAUACUUUUGUUAAGAACACCAAAAGAUUCUUUGAACUUUCAUCAUUUAAACCCAUCUUAAUCCUAGCCAUUGCGUUUCCGUUCGUAAUGGUCCCCCUGCUCCAGAUUUUGCCAAAUAAGAAACGAGAUGAGGUGAAUGGAUUUUUUAUCAAUGCCAUUAAGAAUAUGAUUGCUUUGAGAGACCAGCAAGACCCAAAUGAGAGACGCAGGGAUUUCCUCCAGCUGAUGCUUGAUGCCCGAAACUCUGCUAAUGACAUCACCGUGGAACAUUUUGACACAGUCAGCCAAGCCGAUGUUUGCAUUCAGGAAAAUGAGACCUCUGCCAGCAAAGCCCUGCCUCAGAAGCAAAAUCCAAAAAGGUUGAGUGAUGAUGAAGUAGCUGGCCAGGCCUCCUUAUUCCUGAUCGCUGGCUAUGAAACCACCAACAGCGCCCUCUCCUUUGCCACUUACCUGUUGGCCACCCAUCCUGAGUGCCAGGAAAAGCUGCUCCGAGAGGUGGAUGAAUUCUUUUCAAAACAUGGUGUUCCUGACUACGAAAACAUACACGAACUCCUCUACUUGGAUAUGGUGAUAGCAGAGACUCUGCGCAUGUAUCCACCAGCGUUCAGGUUCACCCGGGAAGCAGCAAAAGACUGCAUAGUUUUGAAGCAACGUAUACCUGCUGGUGCUAUAAUGGAAUUUGCUGUUGGACACCUCCAUUACAAUCCAAAGAUUUGGCCGGAACCUGAGAAGUUUAUUCCCGAGAGGUUUACAGCAGAGGCCAAGCUGCAGCGUCCCCCACUUUCUUACCUCCCCUUUGGGGCUGGCCCUCGUGGAUGCAUUGGCACCCAGCUGGCUUUGAUGGAAAUAAAGGUGACAUUUCUGAGAAUCUUGCAGAAGUUUGAAUUCAAAGCCUGCUCCAAGACAGAGAUUCCUUUGAAGGUGAAAUCUCACAUGACACUCGGACCACAAAAUGGAGUCUACAUCAAGGUGGUUCCUCGAUAGAGCAAAACGGCCAGCAAUCCUGAUGUGCCUUCCAAGGAGAUGCCAGCUUGCUGUGUGAUGUAUUACUGCUGCAAACUAUGUGCUGGAAGAGCCCUUCCCCUUUUACCUUCCUUGAAAAUAACAGGUGCCUAUUGGAUUCUGCCGUAUCUUAGCUGAGCCAGAAAAGAUUUGUACGACAGCCUUGUAUUUAAGAACUCGCUGAAAAGCCAUAGCCAAUCAGGAAUUCCAUGUGGGCAAGUGAACUGAGGGAGAGGGUGAUUUGCCCUCCUUACACCAGCCCAUUUGGUGAAAGGCACUUUGAAAAACUAGGCUGCUAAGAGGCUGGUAUCCUGCAUUUCUGUGUUGGGUGCAGAGCAGGCUAACUUUCUCAGAAAUGCAGAUUACUGUAUUUUCCGGCG